CAAUCUGGUGUGGUUUCUCCUGGUUCCAUACUGCUUUUUCAGAUUAAAAUUUGAAUAAUCAAAUCACUGUUUUUCCUAAUCUCAGAGACAAAAUUGACAUGGCUAUUCGUCUUUUUGAUGCACUAGAAGUGGAAGCUCAGUCUGUUCGUUUUAUCAUUCAAGAUGCAACAAAUUCACUUGCAGCUGCCUACAUGGAAGCUUCUUCCACCGUGUUGAUGAAUUUGGAGACUCUGCUGCUGAGUAAUUGUCAAGCGGAGCAAAGUGAAGUGCGUUUUUGUGCAGUGAGAUGGGCAACAUCUUUGUUUGGUUCUCAACAUUGUCCUAGUCGAUUUAUUUGUAUGCUUGGAGCUGCAGAUGCUAGAUUGGAUAUAAGGUAGCAGAAGUUUCUUUUCUGUUUAAUAUAAUAGAAUAAACGACAAUUUU